AUGAACGGCCUUCUCACACUGGCUUGGUUCCUGGUUUGCAGUGUUCCUGCUGUGCCCGGGGGCUUGCUGGACCUCAAGUCCAUGAUUGAGAGGGUGACUGGGAAGAACGCCUUGACGAACUACGGCUUCUAUGGCUGCUACUGUGGCUGGGGCGGUCGGGGGACCCCCAAGGACGGCACGGAUUGGUGCUGUUGGGUGCAUGAUCACUGCUAUGGGCGGCUGGAGGAGAAAGGCUGCCACAUCCGGACACAGUCAUACAAAUACAGAUUUUCACGGGGACUGGUCACCUGUGAGUCCGGGCCCCCCUGCCAAGCACAGCUCUGCGCCUGUGACCGGAAGCUCGUCUACUGCCUGAAGAGGAACCUAAGGAGCUACAACCCUCGCUACCAAUUCUUUCCCAACAUCCUCUGCUGACCAAGACUUUUGUCCCCUUCUCCUACAACACGGAGCCCACUGACGCUGCUGGGCUCCU